AUGAUUCCCUGUGGUCACAGUUUCUGUAAGGUGUGUAUUAAUGGCUUUUGGGAGGAGGAGAAAGGUGUCUACAGCUGUCCUCAGUGCAAAGACACUUUCACUUUGAGGCCUGAUCUACGCAAAAACACCAUGCUAGCUGAAAUGGUGGAGAGAGUGCAGAAAGCUGAAAUCCGAGCUGCUCCUUCUGCUCAGCGUUACGCUGGACCUGGAGAUGUGGCGUGUGAUAGCUGCACAGAGAGAAGACACAAAGCCAUAAUCAAAGCACACUUGGUUGAAGCUUUACCAAAACUCCAAGAGAAGAUCUGCUCUCAACAUAAGAAACUGUUUGACAUCUACUGUCUUACUGAUCAGAAGUGUAUUUGCUCUUCGUGUGUGUUGGAGAAUCACAAAGGUCAUGCCGCAGUAUCACUUUCAGCAGGGAGAACCGAGAAACAGAAAAAGCUAAAGGAGGAACGGAGGCAAUCCCAGCAGAUAAUCCAGGAGAAGCAGAAGAAGGUGGAGGAGCUGAAAUGUUCUGUGAUCAGGAUUAAGUCUCGUGCUCAGACAGCAGUGGAGAAAAAUGACAUUAUCUUUACUGAGAUGAUCAGCUCCAUGGAGAAGAAGCGCUCCGAGGUGACAGAGUGGAUCAGAGCUCAGGAGAAGGAUAAGUUGAGUCAAGCUGAACGACUUCUGGAGCAACUGGAGGAGGAGAUCACUGAUCAUAAGAGGAGAGUCACUGAGCUGGAGCAACUUUCACAUACACAGGAUCACAUCCAUUUCCUCCAGAGUUUCCAGUCUCUCUGUUUCUCCUCUGGACAUAGGGAUUCUCGCAGCUUUACUCUCCAGCAACCUCUCUCAUUCUGCAGAAUCAUGAAUUCUCUCUCAGAUCUUAAAACAAGAUUCGAGGAGUUCUGUGAAGAUCAAUUCCAAAAAGUCCCUCAGGAUGAAGUUGCAGCUGCAGCAGUUCAGAAAAUUUCACCGUUAGAGCCAAAAAGCAGGGAAGAAUUUCUGAAAUAUUUUUGUUAUCUGACUCUUGAUGAAAAAACUUCCCAUCAUCGCUUCCUUCGUCUCUCUGAGAAUAACAGAGUGGCAACCUUCAGUUGGAUAAACAAGCUGUGUUCUUUUUAUGCAGAAAGAUUUGACUCCUGUUUUGAGGUUCUGUGUAAGGAGAGUAUAUGUGGGUGCAGUUACUGGGAGGUGGAUUGGGGAAAUCAUAGUAGUGUACACAUUUCUGUCUCAUAUAAAGGGAGAAGGGAAAAAGAAUGGGGUAAAGAGUGCGGGUUUGGAUGCAACAGUCAGUCCUGGAGUCUGUACUGUUCUUCUUCUUCUUCUCCCUUCUUUUUCUACCAUAACAACACUAAAACUGAGCUCUGUGUUCCACCGUCCCCCAGAAUCGGAGUGUAUGUGGACUACAGUGCAGGAACUCUGUCCUUCUACCACGUCUCUGACACGAUGAGGCUCAUCCACAGGGUCUCCACCAAAUUCACUCAGCCUCUAUAUGCUGGCUUUGGGGUCUAUAAAGGAUCCGUCAGGUUGUGUGAUCCGAAAUAAUGGUUUCAUUAUUGUUUUUACAACUGUGAUAAAACUAAAACAUUAACAAAAUAUUAACUG